GGCGCUUCCCCACGUCCACAUCCUCCUGUACAAAAAAAAAUCUCCCCAUUCCAUUUCCGACUUCUCCAUCCCUCCCGCUCUCUGUCUUCUUCCACUUCUUCCUUUCUUUACUCCUACUGCUGCGCACGUUCUUGCUCCUUCGGUAUCAGCACUGCCAGGAUCUCAGGGAGGCCGUCCCCGUCUAGGUUCUUGUUUCUUCAGGAUCCGAGGGAUUCAGGGGAGGAACAGCGCGGGGGUGUGGGAGAAGGGAAGGAGCCAUGGACACUAGCUCGUUCCUGACGUCGCUCUUGACGUCGUUCCUGAUAUUCGUGGUGCUGGUGCUCCUCUUCCUCUACCUGUCCCAGAGACCGGGGAACGAGGUCGUCUACUUCCCGAACAGGAUCCUCAAGGGCCUCGAGCCCAGGGAGGGGGCCAGGGGGCCCUUCGCUUGGGUGAGAGGGGCCUUCGGGGCGUCGGAGCAGGAGCUCGUCGACCUCGCCGGCGUCGACGCUGCCGUCUACAUCGUCUUCCUCGGCUCAGUAUUGGCAAUACUGGUGUUCUCUGGCCUGAUUUUGUUGCCGAUGCUUCUCUCGGUGAACGCAACAGAUAACUACAUAGAGUCAAGCCAAAGCAGCCAGACAAACUUCACUAGUUUUGACAAGCUCUCCAUGUCAAAUAUUGCGCAACGUAGCAACAGGAUGUGGGCACAUCUACUGGCAGUUUAUUGGGUUUCUCUUGUUACUUUUUACAUAUUGUGGAAGGCUUACAAACAUGUCUCUGAGUUGAGGACUACAGCACUGACUGCUGCCGAAACGAAGCCUGAACGUUUUGCGGUGCUUGUUAGAGAUAUCCCUCCUCUUCCUCCAGGUCAAACUCGCAAGGAGCAAGUCGAUUCCUAUUUCAGGCAGCUACAUCCUGAUUCAUUCUACAGAUCCUUAGUGGUCACUGACAACAAAGAGGCUAACAAAAUAUGGCAAGAGCUGGAGAAUUACAAAAAAAAGCUCGCUCAUGCAGAAGCUGUAUUUGUGGAAAAUGAAAAAGUCAGACCAAAGCAUAGGACUGGAUUUCUUGGACUCAUCGGCCAGAAAGUCGACACAAUUGAGUUCUGCAACCAGCAAAUCAAAGAACUGACUCCGAAGCUGGAGGCUGAACAAAAGACAACAUUAAAGGAAAAACAACUUGCAUCUGCUAUUGUGUUUUUUAACAGCUGGCCGGCAGCAGUAUCUGCUUCCCAGACCAUCCAUAGUCAGCCGCUUGACAAAUGGAGUGUGAUGGCAGCUCCUGAGCCUCGUGAGUUAUUAUGGGAGAAUCUGUCUAUCCCAUUUUUCGUCAGGCUUGUCAGACAGUAUGCGAUCUAUGUCGUUGUAUUCUUUACCAUUUUCUUUUACAUGAUACCAAUAACUUUCAUCUCCGCAUUUACAACUCUCGCAAAUCUGAGGAAGUACCUGCCCUUUUUGAAACCAAUUGUUGAUCAGGCAGAGAUUAAGACAGUUCUGGAAGCCUACCUGCCUCAGAUUGCCUUGUUGGUUUUCCUGGCAAUAUUGCCAAUGAUCUUGCUGGCUCUGUCGAAGUUAGAAGGGAUCCCUUCAUUAAGUCAUGCAAUUAGAGCAACGUCUGGCAAGUACUUCUAUUUCACGGUGCUCAAUGUCUUUAUUGGGGUUACACUGGCUUCUGGCUUGUUCAAGUCAUUUAAGCAGUUCGUCAAACAUGCUAACACAAUUGUUCCCACGCUUGGGAAAUCUCUGCCUGGAAGCACUAAUUUCUUCAUAACAUAUGUUGCCUUGAAGUUCUUUGUAGGUUAUGGGCUUGAGCUCUCUCGCUUGGUGCCAUUGAUCCUCUACCAUCUUAAAAGGAGGUUUCUUUGCAAAACAGAUGCAGAACUGAAGGAGGCUUGGGCUCCUGGGGAUUUUAAUUAUGCAACCAAAGUUCCAAAUGACAUGCUGAUAACUACAGUUGUGAUGUGUUAUUCAGUAAUUGCGCCAGUAAUAAUCCCUUUUGGCGUUCUGUAUUUUGCAAUUGGAUGGGUCGUGCUCAGGAAUCAGGCCUUGAAAGUUUAUGUGCCUUCCUAUGAAAGCUAUGGGCGCAUGUGGCCACACAUUCAUACUCGAAUCCUAGCAUCCCUUGUUCUCUUUCAGAUCACCAUGAUUGGCUAUUUGGGAGUAAAGUAUUUUUACAGCACUGCAUUGCUCAUACCCCUUCCAAUUUUGAGUGUGAUCUUUGGGUACAUUUGCUCCAAACGUUUCUACCAGUCCUUUGCCUUUGUUCCACUGGAAAUUGCCAGCCAGCAGCCCAAACAAAGUCCCAAUCUGGAGGCAGCAUUCGAGGCCUAUGUCCCGCCAUGCUUGAGUACAGAGAAGUUCGAAGAUAUAGAGCAGUAUGAAGAUGCUCGCUCAGAGGUAUCAAGGACUGCAUCAGCAGUAUAUGCGACCGCCUAGUUGCAAUAUUAUUUCCUGUAAAUAUGUGUCAUAGAAGCUUCUGCCUUGCUUGUCGCGUGCUUUUUUUUUUUUUAAUUAUUUGUGCUUCUUUUAGGAAGAAAACCACGUUGCAUUUGUUGUGAAUCUUUUUAUUUUUACUAGCAUUUCUUUGUAUGUUCACCUCUCUGUCGGGAAAAUGUCCCUCUGUCCCAAAAUGUACGUUUCUUCUGUUGCUUUGGUCUGGCUUUCAUUUGUCAAUUGGUUCUGUUACUAUUUUCUUGACACAAGUGUGUACUUUUCUUAACGUUAUUCAUUCUAGUCAUUCUAGUGUGCAAGGUAUUAUAUUA